CAAAGUCCAAUUCCUGAAAGUUUUCAAAAAGGAAGAUCAGCUUUUUCCAGAUGUGGUACCUUAUCUUCUGUCUCCCUGUCUGGGCUGAUGCAGCGUCCAUGUAUGGUGAGAUCUUGUCACCCAAUUAUCCUCAGGUGUAUCCCAAUGAUCUGCAGGAAUCUUGGGAAAUCCAGGUCCCUUCAGGAUAUGGCAUUCACCUUUAUUUCACACAUAUGGAUCUUGAACCAUCGCAGAACUGCGAAUAUGACUUUGUGAAGAUCCUGUCUGGUGGCCAUGUUGAAGGUGUGCUUUGUGGGCGGAAGAAACCUCGUGCCCCUGGCUCCUCGAUUGUGGAGGAAUUUCACAUCCCUUACAACACCCUCACUAUGAGCUUCCGAUCAGACUUUUCCAAUGAGGAGCGUUUCACUGGUUUUGCAGCCUACUAUGUUGCAGUGGACUUGGAUGAGUGCAUGGAUUUUGUGGAGCAACCUUGCAGUCAUUACUGUAAUAAUUAUAUUGGAGGUUACUUCUGUACCUGUCCACCAGAUUAUUUCCUCUACGAGGAUAAGAAAACAUGUGGAGUGAACUGCAGUGGAAAUGUCUACACUGAGCCAUCAGGGGAGAUUGUCAGCCCCAACUACCCCAACCAGUACCCAGAGAAUUCGCGGUGUGAGUACCGAGUGGCUCUGAGGCCAGGCUACUUUGUGGCGUUGACCAUACUCAGCGAGGACUUCGAUGUGGAACCAGCUGACUCAAAAGGGACUUGUCACGACAGCUUAACACUUGUCUCUGGAAAGCAGCAUUUUGGUCCCUAUUGUGGUAGCAAAUUCCCAGAUCCUCCUGAAAUCAAAACUAGGAGCAACAUUCUUGACAUAAUCUUCCAGACAGACCAUGCAAUACAGCACAAAGGCUGGAAAAUACGCUACUAUGGGAAUCCUAUAACCUGUCCCCUGAGUGUCAUCCCCAACUCUGUUCUUGACCCAAAGAAGAACAAGUAUAUCAUCAAGGACGUUGUGAAGGUGACCUGUGUGGAAGGCUAUGAAAUUGUGAGGCAACGGGACAGCAUCAUGACUUUUUACUCCAGCUGUCAGGACAAUGGUGAAUGGAGCAACUCCCAUUUCAGAUGUGUUCCUGUGAACUGUGGUGAUCCCGUUCCUAUUGACAAUGCCCAAGCCAUAUACGUCUCCGAGCUUCAUGAGCCUCUGUACAAAGCUGCUUUCCGGUAUCAAUGUGAUGCACCUUACUAUACCCUAAAACCCGAGAAGGAUGUGGUGUAUCAGUGCUCAGCCAGUGGAGAAUGGGUCAACGAAGAGAUGGGAACAAAGCUACCAAAAUGUGUCCCAGUCUGUGGAGUGCCUAGUAAUCCCAUUCGAGAGAAAGCAAAGAUUUUUGGAGGCACCCUUGCAGAAAAGGGCAACUUUCCCUGGCAGGUGUAUUUCGAUUACCCAAGAGGAGGUGGCGUACUCAUCUCUGAAAGAUGGGUGAUGACUGCAGCUCAUGUACUGGAGGGAUACGACAACCCCAACAUGUAUGCUGGGGUAAUCAAUGUUGGCAGAGAAUCUCUGUACUUGGAGGCCAAGCAGUUGAUCCCAGAGGCUUCAUUCAUCCAUCCUGGUUGGAAGAAGCAGCCCAUAGAAACCAGGACUGAUUUUGAUAAUGAUAUUGCACUAGUGAAGCUGAGGGAUCCUGUAAAGAUGGGCCCAAACAUCUCACCCCUCUGUCUUCCUGGUAAAUCACCUGAGUAUGAGCUGCAGGAAGGGACUCUGGGCUACAUUGCUGGCUGGGGCCAGAGAGAGAGAGGAAGACUGCCUAUUUAUCUCUGGAAGGCCCAGAUUCCCGUGGUGGACAUGAAUGAGUGCCGGUCUGUGAAACCGGAGGGCUCUGCUGAUUCCAGUGCUUACCGAUUCACUGACAAUAUGAUCUGUGCUGGUGGUGGCAAGGACAGCUGUAAAGGCGAUAGCGGUGGAGCCUAUGCUAUCCAAGAUCCUCUUGAUGAGAGACGGUACUAUGUGGCCGGGCUGAUCUCCUGGGGACCAAGAUGUGGUACCUUUGGUCUUUACACCAAGGUAGUGCGUUAUUUGGACUGGAUUACAGAGACCAUGAGCAAGCAUGAAGAUGAAGAAGCUUCGCAGUAUUAA